CUAUUUGUUUACGUUGUACCAGCGGAACACGUGUAGGUUUGUGUACAAACGGAAAAAAACAUGUUCGAUUAUGUGUAAUACUAUAGUGACAGUUUUAGGAGAAGGGGAAAAGGAGAAGUAUGAUCUUAAAUAUUCUUUAUUUUGUACCCUCGACACGUAACUGCACUGUAUCUUCGCGAGAAAAUACUAUUUACUGAUUUAUGUAUUAUUUGCCCUGUGCGCUAAGAUUUGUGUUAAGUAAUUUAGCAGCCUAUAAACAUGGAAAGAUUCAGAGCUGCGCAUGUUACAGCGUCGAAGGAGCUAAAGAAACGAAAAGGAUUUAGAAAUAAAGUAAAAAACUUGUUGUCAGCGAGGGCAGGUAAUAAUGAAUUAACGACACGGGGUAAACUCGAGGCUUCCGGAAUGGGUGUGCAACCAGUGGAUUUAAGUUCCUGGAGAUUGGACCCCAAGAGAAUGAAGAAGAACAAGAGUGUGGAGGUUCAGUUUAUAACGGAUGUCACGUCAAAAAUUUUGGAGGCAGCCGAUACAGUUACACCACAAAAAGGCACGUCUCAUAGGGGUGAUACCAUUACUUCAGGAAAUGUAAGUGAACCAGAAAUUGUCACAGAGAUAAAAACUGACUUAUUGAACAAGAGUUGUGAUCCUGUAGGAAAGAGUGUAAGUGAGACGAGAGACGUUGAAAUACAAGCUACUGCUGCUACUUUAUUACUACCGGUCAGUGACAUGACUGGGACCAGUCAGGAUGAAAGUGAAAAACAAGGAGCAGACAGUGGUUCAAAAACAUCCGGGAAAAAAUUGCGAAACAGGAAAGAGAAGAAAAGAAAGUCGAAAAUUACCGAAUUUAGUGCCAGUGAACAUAUAACCCUAGCUCCUGUCAUCUCAUCCCAAUUUGAGAAAAGUAAUGAGAAUGACAGUUACCCCAAUGUUUUUGCUGCAAGUCACAAUGCUUUUGUGUCUGAUUCAGUAGAGCUUAUCAGUCUACAAGUGCAUAAUGUGGAUACUGAAGAGUAUGUGCCAUCAUGUGGUACAGGUGUGUGUGAUAUUGCACCGUUAAUAGUGAAAUGUGAAGGUCAGAAUUCAAUGGAAGACAUUAUAGCCGCAAGGCUAGAAAGUGUUUGCAGAACUGGCAAAGGGGGCAGAGACGAUGUUGCCAAAAUGACACAAAAUAUGAAGAAAAUUCUUUGUUCCCAUGAAGAAGUAUGUAAUGACUCACGUGUGUACACAUGUGCUGAAGGUGGUGGUGUGGCUAGUACUCCAGAUGACACAAAUUGUAGUUUAAAUGUGCCACAAACAUUUGUAAGGGAAAAAUUUCAAUCUUUAUCCAUUGAAGAUACCAAUGAUUGUGAUGUUUCUGUUUUUAGGGAUAUCUUUCAUACACGCAGCCAAACCCAAUCUAUGAUAUGUACAGCCAGUGAUGUUGACACCUGUGGCACACAAAUUGAUAUUCGUUUUGUGGAAAAUGAUAGGUUCCUAUUGAUAAUGAAAAGUGGGGCUUCAGUUUAUGUCAGAGGAAAGCUUAAGGUUUCUGUAAUUGUUGGCUGUGCAGAAAUUUUGGGAUAUAAACUGAAGCCAGGUAAUGAACAUGAGAAAUAUACAAUCUUUUCACCUCGUGGUGUAAGUCUUUUGUGCAUGACCUCAUGUGCAUCAAGUAAUACAUUUGCAAGUGAUGACCACCUUUUGACAGUUUGUUCACAUAAUCAGUUACCUGAUAACCUCAUUGACUCAUUAGAAGAGUCAGACAGUGUACUUUUAUUAGAAAAGGCAGAGAGCAGUGUUGUUGAUUAUCUGAGUUUACAUCUGCCAAAUAAAUUAUUUCCUAAUAUUUUAUCAGUUGCAAAAACAAAGAAGAAGUAUUCAUUUGCAGAGAAAAAAUUGGACUGUGAGUUAUUGCUUGAAAACUCUGAAGAAAACGUGAAACUGUUUUGCAAAAGAGAUGACUGGGACAGUUUAUCAGAUGUGAUAUUAUCCCAAAAUUCCUCAAAAGAAACCAACUGCACUGUCAUAUGUGGUGGAAAAGGGGUUGGAAAAUCAACUUUGCUAAGGUUUCUUAUAAAUAGGAGCCUAUCUUCAUAUAAGGAAAUCCUUUGUCUUGAUUUUGAUUUGGGGCAAGCUGAAUUUACAGUUCCUGGCUGCAUAUCUGCUGUAAUGAUCAAGAAGCCACUACUUGGGCCAAAUUUUACACAUCUCCUGCAACCAGAGAGGAUGGUCUUCAUAGGAGAUGUUAAUGUGAGCAAUUGUCCCACACUCUACCUUGAAGGUGCAAAGUUCAUAAUUGAUUAUUGCAAAUCCCAAGCAGAGUUUCAGCACAUUCCAUGGUUUGUUAAUACUAUGGGAUUUUGCAAAGGUCUUGGAGUUGAGCUAAUGAUGAACUUGCUCCAUAUGUUAUCUCCAACUAAUGUCGUCCAGCUGCAAAGUCGCUCAAACAAACGAAACUAUCCAAAACACCUGGAGGCUGAAUAUGUUCGAAAUUACAGAAGUUCUUUGAAAUACAUUAAUUACAUUAAUAGAAACCUUUCUUAUGAUUUGCAUCUCAUCCCAUCAGCUGCAGAGUCUAAAUCUGAAGGACAAGAAGCUGAGUGGGGUCUAGAUUCUCGGACAAUGCGAGAGGUUGUUAUCAUGUCCUAUUUGAGUGGAAUAACUGUGCCCCCAAACUACUCCUUAACAGAGCUAGUGCCUUAUGUGUGCAGCUUUAAAGAUCUGAAACUGUGUGUUACUCAUGAAACAAUAAACCCAAACUCAGUAUUAAGUGUUAUGAAUGGCAGUUUUGUUGCACUCUGUAUGUGUGAGAAAGGGGAAAUGCUGCAGCCAAGUGAUCGAAAUCUUCCGUGUAUACUGCUGCAUGCUCCUGUUUGUCAGUGCUUGGGUUUUGGUAUUAUUCGUGGAGUGGAUAUGCAAGAAAGACAGCUCUACGUGAUUUCACCGCUACCUGAAAGUGAGAUCCAGAAAGUCAACUGCCUGGUAAUGGGAACAGUACAGUUACCUUCAAGUGUCCUGCUUAGGGAAGCCACUUGUGGCAUUGUUGGUCAUAUCCCAUACACUGUCAUUGGACCAGGCCAACCCACAGGCAGGCUUUCACAAAAAUCAUCUUACCAUUUGCUGUUGUCAUCUGCAGUUGAACUGUAAUGUUAUGGAAAUAAAACUGCAAAGGUGUAAAAUGGUUCAGAUACUGUGGCAGCUUUAAUACAUCUUCUAAUCAUUGUUUUGUAUUUUUGUAACAAGACCUGAAUAUUGCACUUACUAGACUUUCAUGUCUUUCCUAAUUUUGCAGUGACAUUAAGUUAGUGUUUUACUUAGCUUGUCAGACAAAUUGCUGUUGCAAAAUACUUACCAUGUGCCACUGUUUAUGGAACAAACCGUCUGCAAUACAAAUUGUUUUAUCAUAAGGUAAAAGGGGCAAAUUAAAAAUAUGGCAUUUGAA